CCGAGCAGAGCACAUGCGAAGGGACGGAGGAGGAAGAGAAGUAGAACCUCUCAAAUUAAAACCCUAGGCGGCGGCGCGAGCAUUCUACGGGUCCAGCCGCCGCAACCUUCCCUUCCCUCCUCCCCCAAUCACCAUGCUCCUCCAGGUGCGCCGCCUCCCUGCCCGCCCAGCCGUCGGCUCCCCCGCGCGGCGCUCCCUCGGGCUCGGACACCAUGGCCGAGUGUCCUCCAUCUCGAAGGCUCCGACGGCGACCAAGCCCCUCGCGGUAUGCUGCUCCGUGGCCAAUCCAGCGGCGGCGGCGGCGACGACGAUGGAGAGGCCCUGGAAGCUCAGCGACGCUCGCCUCGUCCUCGAGGACGGCUCCGUCUGGAACGCCAAGUCCUUUGGUGCCUCCGGGACGCAGGUCGCCGAGGUCGUGUUCAAUACUUCAUUGACAGGGUAUCAGGAGAUUUUGACUGACCCUAGCUAUGCCGGUCAGUUUGUUCUGAUGACCAAUCCCCACAUUGGAAACACUGGUGUUAACCCUGAUGAUGAGGAAUCCAUAAAAUGCUUCCUUGGUGGCUUAAUCAUACGGAAUCUAAGCAUAUGUACUUCCAACUGGAGGUGCACAGAAACACUCGAUGAAUAUUUGAAAAAGAGGAACAUUAUGGGCAUAUAUGAUGUGGACACACGUGCAAUAACACGUAGGUUAAGAGAAGAUGGCAGUCUCAUUGGUGUUCUAAGUACUGACCAGUCUCGCAAAGAUGAGGAGUUGCUGGAAAUGGCCCAAAAGUGGAAAAUUGUUGGUGUUGAUUUGAUUAGUGGUGUUUCAUGUGAUGCUCCAUAUGAAUGGUUAGACAAGACUGAUUCAGAAUGGGAGUUCAAGAACAAGAAGUCAACUGAAACUUUUCAUAUUGUUGCAUAUGAUUUUGGAGUCAAGCAAAACAUUUUGAGACGUCUGGCAUCAUAUGGAUGCAAAAUUACUGUUGUUCCAGCAAGUUGGCCUGCUUCAGAGACACUUAAGUUGAAGCCUGAUGGAGUCCUUUUUAGCAAUGGCCCUGGUGAUCCAGCUGCAGUUCCAUAUGCCGUGAAAACAGUACAAGAAAUAGUAGGGAAGGUUCCAGUAUUUGGCAUCUGCAUGGGCCAUCAAUUGAUUGGGCAGGCACUUGGCGGGAAGACAUUCAAAAUGAAGUUUGGUCAUCACGGAGGAAACCAUCCUGUUCGUGACAACAGAACUGGACGUGUGGACAUCAGUGCCCAGAACCAUAACUAUGCUGUGGACCCUGAAUCGCUCCCGGAAGGAGUACAAGUAACACACAUCAAUCUAAAUGACCAGAGCUGUGCUGGUCUUGCGUUCCCCAAGAUGAAGCUCAUGUCUCUCCAGUACCACCCGGAGUCCUCCCCAGGGCCACACGAUUCAGACCUAGCAUUUGGCGAAUUUGUGGAGCUGAUGAAGAGCAACAGAUUAUGAGUAGAUGAAAGGUCGGAUGCUUCCUGAGCAUCAUGAGUUGAACUGUAUUUUGUCGUUGGAGCAAAGAAGUGAACUCUGAGGAUGUGUAUUUUUCUAGUUUACAUCUCUUUAUGGGUCCAUGAACUGACCAAACCUACAAAGUAUGUAGUGGUAUUGGACUAUUUGUUGGAGAUUAAAGAAUAAAUCUUUUGAGCUGUUGCAUAUAACAGCUCGCGAAUGUUGUUCCAGAUGAGGAUCUAGCCUGUGGCUGUGGGGGAUUGAAGACAAUAGGAUGAUCUUGAUCCAAUGGUUGUACUCUGAUGAACCAAGACACGGUGGAUAACAGUAUUCGGCAUGGCUGGGGAAAACCACCCUUGUAGUAUCUGUAUGAGCGGGAGAAAAUCAGCUUCACUACACAUUCUUGGAUUGUCCUGUCGCAGACUUGCACUGUAAUAACUGAUUUGUUGAACUGCUUACAAAUAUUUGGUACCAAGAGCAGGUACAGCUAGCA